AUGGUCAGACUCGCCAAAGCCCGCAUUGAAUUAAACAAAAUUCUCAAAGUGAGUUACGAAAAAAAAUAAUGGUACUAUAGGUACAGUAAUUUUGCAGUUCGGAAUGAUUGGUUUGGGAGUGCUGCAUUUUGUGGUUUGGAUUUUGGCAGUGGUGCAGUGUGUGAGGUGAGAGAUAAUGAAAAAGAUCAGAGGUUCGAGGUGAAGCUUUGUUUUGCAGACAAGGAAUAUUGAUAGAAAAACAUACAAAUAUAAAAGAUGGACCAGUAUUAUCCAAUGUAAUGUUCCCAACUCCAUUUGCUCCAUUUUUCGUCGCAGCAGCUUGUAUAGCUUUCGCAUUCCUCCCGAUGUAUUUCAUGAUAUAUGUGCUAACUCUUCUAACAACAAUCGAAAUUGGGCUAUUCAUUUGGCCACUUGUAGUAACUGUGGCCAACAUGAAACUUCUUUCAGAAAUCGUAGAGUUCUGGAAAACGAACAUGGAUAGAACCAGUCAACAACAGAAAAAAGACAUUUUUAAAAAAGCCAUUGAUUUUUUGAAUAACGAAUUAGAACCGCUUUACAUUAUGGAUUAUGUUGUUUUGGGAAUCGGGUUAUUUGUGGGUGUUUUCACGAUUUUAUUGAUUGGAUUUCUUGCAUUGUAGGUUCUUUUGGGUGGGAAAAAAAAAAUUUUUUUUUUUUUUUUUUUUUUAGCACAAGUACACCUAGCGCUGGCGGUGGUGGAUUUUUUGGCUCGAAACCUCGUGCAGCAAAGUCGCCGGGAACACCGAGUGGAACUGCGACUGAUUCGGCGGCUGUUUAG